AUGAAUAAUAAUAAUCCAGAUUCACCAUUUGUCAUUGAAGCUAUUUUACAAAAAGAAUUUACUAAAGAAGAAUUGCAAAAUCAAGACAACAUCAAAUUUGGUAUCACAGUAGCACUAAUGUUUUUAGAUCUGACUUAUUAUCAGUUUAAAUAUAAAGAAUUAUUAGAAGAUGACGGAAUAGAAGAACCAUUAGAAGAUAAUAGAAUAGAAGAACCGUUAGAAUAUAAUAUAAUAGAUCAUAAUGGUAACGAAUCAUUCGUACCCUUUGAUAAUGAGUCUGAGGAUUCUAAUGGUCAAGAGAGCAAUUCAUAA